AUGCCGCCUCAACCUCCCCCUUCCUCCACACCCGAAGCGGUCCUCCUCCGUCGCCUCUCGACCAUCAAGCACAUCAUCCUCGUCCUCAGCGGCAAAGGCGGCGUCGGCAAAUCGUCCGUGUCCGUACAACUCGCCCUUUCCCUCCUCUCCCUCGACCCCAAUGCCAAGGUCGGACUCCUCGACGUCGAUCUCACCGGUCCUAGUUUGCCGAGGAUGUUGGGGCUCCAAGGGCAUGACGUUCAUGCGAGUGAGGAUGGCUGGAUACCCGUCUACCUCGAUCUCAGGCAGCGUCCUGAUGGCGGAGACCGUUCGAAGCCGAAGCGGCAGGAUUUGGAUACGUCCCCGUUCGGUCAGGGAGGUUAUCUAGCGGCCAUGUCGAUCGGCUUCUUGCUCAGCGACGCUUCCGAAUCGGUCGUGUGGAGGGGCCCCAAGAAGAAUGCUAUGAUCAAGCAGUUCUUGGGGCAGGUCAGGUGGGGCACGUUGGAUUAUCUCAUUGUCGACACACCGCCGGGUGAGCGGUGCGCAUAGUCUACUACUACUCCUACUCAGCAGGACAGCCGGCUCAUCGUCAUCGAACAAUAUAUUCCCCCUCAGGCACCUCGGACGAACACAUCUCGCUGCUCGAAUCCCUGAGACCCCUGCUCCUGCCCCCACUACCGAACGCGCUCCCUCUCCCCACCCUCUCCUCCCUCCUCGUCUCGACCCCUCAAGCGCUCGCCCUCCUCGACGUCUCCAAAGAACUGUCCUUCAUCCGUCGUACCGAACUCCCGCUCCUAGGCUUGAUCGAAAACAUGUCCGGUUACGUAUGCCCGCACUGUUCCGAAAUCGUCGGCGUGUUCGGUCAAGGUGGUGCGGAAGAUUUCUGUCGACAACAGGAGGAGAAGAAGGGGUCUUUGGUCGAGGGCGAAGGAGGAGGGUGUAGGUUCCUGGGCAGGGUCCCUAUCGAUCGAGAGUUGGUCAGUUUGUUGGAUCAGGUCAAGGAUCUCAGAGUCGUGGUCGAGGCUCCGCUGGGAUUGGGCAAGGGCAAAGCGGUUGGGCAGAAGGAAGGGGAAGGAGAGGAUGAACGGAUGCAGACGGGCCCCGAAAAGGAUCAUGCCCAACCGAUCAAAGGAACGACUUUGGUCGACCGGUACAAGGCGAUCCCUUCGUUCCCGAUCGUCGAAAAGAUCGCGCGCGAGGUCGUCGCAUUGAUUCAACAACAAAAGAGGACAGCCUAA